AUGACAAACCUUGUAACCCCAAUAAACAUAGAGGUAGACCAAUUACCAGUGAUUAUACCAAUAAACCUAGUUUAUAGUAACUCUGAAUCUAAUCAUAAUAGCAACCAUAAAAAGCUAUUUACAAGAAUUUAUUUCGAAAUAAAAAAUAUACCUAAUGUUCAUUGCGUUUAUGAUCCUAGUAGUUCCAACACUAACAAUAUUCUAUACAAUCAGGGCAAAAAGAAUGAUAGCAACAACAGCAAUAUAAGUGUAAAUAAUCAUACCCUUGACAAGAUGCAGGAUACCACAAUCUCUACUGUUACUGAUCUAAAUUCUAAGCUAAACCAUAUUACACCUCCUGUUAAUAUUAAUAAUCUCACCAAAAAAAAAAAUUCGUCUGUUAGCCUUACUGAAAACAAUGCUACCCUGCAUCCCGCCAAUAUGGGUUCUAAUAUUGUAACUAAUGCUCUUGCCAAAGAUAAUGACUUUAAUAACAAGGGGAACAACAUAAAGAAUAAGAGCGGUCAGGACAAUUUUAAUUAUAAUGCUGCAGCUAAAACCCUCGCGACCAAUAGAUUAGACAGUAAUGAAUUUGAAGAUGGUAUUUUUUCAAGUGAUAUGAAUAACCUUUCUAGCGAAAAUAAUUUUUAUUUAGAUAACAGCAAAAACCAUAGCGAAGGCUUAAAUGAUGAAAGCGACUGUACUAUCGGGCCACCGCGCAUUAGCAAUGAAAAUAACACACCUAAUACCAUUGCUAGCAGUAUAAGAAAAGGUGAUAAAGGGAAUAAUAAUGAAAGGGAAAAUGAAGAAUAUAGCAAUGAAGAUGAUGAAAAUGUGAGUGAAGCCAGUUUCUCUUCUACAUUUUCAGGCACAACCGCCACAGCAAGUACAGCUGCUUCUAAAAAUAUUGCACCAGGCGACAGUAAAUAUAGCAACGUAAAUGAUCUCGUAUUUAAAUUUAAUGACCAAAUAGUCUAUAAAAGAUUUGGCAUUAAACUAAUGAUGCUAAAAUCAAAAAAAAAUCCGAAUAUAACUUAUCCUAAAGCUGUUACGCAAAGCAAUAUAGAUACAAACUCCCCGGAUAUCACGGUGAAAAAUAUUUGGCUAGAGUACAAGAAACCAUUCCCGCCUUUUAAUCUAUCCAUUGAGUAUUUAGAAAACAAGUACGGAUCAAAAUGGAGAACAGAUAACGGACGUGUCCCUAAAAAUAGCUUCAAUACAAAAAUAAGUAGAAGAUUACGUAUCGUCAAAGCCAUUAAAACAGGUAUGAAAAAAUUGCAUUAUAAUGAAGAACAAGCAAUAGAUAUAUUACAAAAAUAUUUAAAUGAAAAGGGAAGUGGUUGCAUAUCAUAUUAUUUCAACAAAUUAAACCUACCCGAUAAUUUCAAAUAA